GUAUAUGCAGCAGUUAACCAAAAGAUUGGAGGUUUGAGUCUACCCAGAGGCACCUCAGAAGAAAGGCCUGGUGAUGUACUUCUAGAAAAUCAGCCAUUGAAAACCCUGUGGACCACAGUUUUACUUGAAUACACAUAGAGUCUCCAUGAGUCUGAGUUGAGUUGACAGCAACUGGCUUAUGCUCAUUUGGUUGAUGAGUAAUUCCACAAAGCUCCUCACGCUGCCAUUCCAGAAGUAGAACCAAAAUAACUUGCUUUUGAAGAUUUGAUAAAAACACAUGACUACGCUAGGGACCUGUCUGACACCUUGAAAGGGGACCUGAAACUUAAGCUUUAUCAGCUUCACAAUAAAUUAGCAUCCAAUUCGGUGGGGGGUAUGACAACUCAAUUGCCAAUACUGCAUAGUGCUAUAUAUUAAAAAUCAUAUUUAUGAGUGUCGGUGAAUGGGGUGGAUGGGUGAAAGUAGUUGUUUUUAAUUUUUCAAUUACAAGGAAAGUGCUCUCACAGAGAAGGAAUCAACUUUGAGGCCCUGGUAAAGUAAAACUUUUAUGGAUAAUGAAGUGUUAACAGAUGUAUUCCUGAUGAUCAAUUUUAGAAGAUUUUUUAAAAAUCCUACAUGUAGAAAUCAAGUUUGUAGAUAAGAUGAAACUCAUCUCAGAUGUGAAAUACCCAAGAUAUCAGGGGGGAAAAAGCCAGUCACAUUCAGUCAGCAAACAUAAAAAGGCAGCAGGGUGAAGUGGUUCAACAAGAGUUUAGGAUGAAGACUGCUUGGAUUCAGAUUUAUUAUACCACGGUGAUUUUGAACAAAUGAUUAAAUAUUUCUGUGCUUUUGUUUUUUACAAAAUCAUAGGAAGAUAUUUGUUGUAAUAUUUAAGCUAAUUAAUAGGUAUAAAGAGAUCAGUAUCAAGCCAGGAACAUGUGUGCAAUAUGUGGGAGCUACCCUCACCAUUGCCUAUUCCCUGUGAAGUGCCAGUUCCUGAGGUAGAGGCUGGGUAUUCAUAGUGUAUAAGACAUGAUCUCCCUUUCAUUUACCUCAUCUAUUAAUGAGGAACUGAAACUUCCGCCGAGGCUUCCCCUGCUCCGCCACGGUUCCCCCUCACAGCCCACCAACCUAAGGCUUGUAACUGCGGUUUGGCCGGACCACACUUUGAAUUUGGCACCAGAAUCCCUCUCAAGCACAAACUAGGAUUUUGGAGCAUGUGCAGGACCUGAAGAGCUGUGUCCUCAAUCUGUCCUUGGACCUGAGCAGCGCCGGAGAGGAAGACAUUUUCCAGUACACCACAGUGGCGGAGCCCAUUUGCAAAGUAAAAGGGACCUUCCAUUGUAACAGGAUUCAGCAUCCGGACCUCCAAAUGUGGACAUGGGAAGGCUAAGGGCAGAGAGUUCUGGGUACCAAAUCGAAACCCCAGAUGCCACUGGAAAUAAAAAGCUCCCGAACCUUCUCAGACGUGUGCAUGGUCUUUCAGCUUCUAGGUCCCAGGUUGCUCCUUCUUUGAACAAACAAUAAAUUGCCACUUUCUGUUUCUCUUGCAACUGGUGGUGUAGUGUCUGUCUUAUUUUGAUUGGCUAACAGGACAGGACAAGAACCUGUGUUGGGUUACAGAACCAGGCCAAUUGUGACUAGGUAGGCUAUUUCAGGAAAUUAAACCUGAAAAAUAUUAUGCUACGUCCUCAUUCUAGACUUCCAAAUUGGCCUCAAUACUUGAGAUAAAUUUCAUUACAUUCAAAUGAUGCAAUGGUUCUAUUAUUUUUUUCCACAGCAAAAGCUCUCUAAGGACUGUUCCAAAACUAAAAUUUGAAGAUUCUAGUUGAGAAAUCCUGUGAAACCCAGGUACCCUCCCACUAACAAAGCUUUCAGCAAUUCUUUUUAUUGUUGUUGAGGCACCACCUUGCAAUCAGUGCUUUCAGUUUCAUAUACUAAUUCUGUCACAGUGGUGGUGGCUCUAAUUAUCAGGUCUCUGAAGGAAUCCAAAGCCCAUGGACAUUGGAGGAGUGAAAUAAAAGUCGAAAAAUCAAGGGAGAGACAGAGAAGCAAGAGAACUCGCUCCACCUAAACUACAGAAAAAACAGACAAGGUAACACCCUGAACAUGGCCUCAGAGAUCCACAUGCCAGGCCCAAUGCGCCUCAUUGAGACCAUUAAUGAGCAACUGAUGGUUAAUCAGGAAGCUCUGAAGAUCCUGUCUGCCAUUACUCAGCCUGUAGUGGUGGUGGCUAUCGUGGGCCUCUACCGCACAGGCAAAUCCUACCUGAUGAACAAGCUAGCUGGCAAGAAAGAGGGCUUCUCCCUGGGCUCCACAGUGCAGUCUCACACCAAGGGAAUCUGGAUGUGGUGUUUGCCUCACCCCAAGAUGCCGAACCACACUCUAGUUCUGCUGGACACUGAGGGCCUGGGAGAUGUAGAGAAGGGAGACAAUGAGAAUGACUCCUGGAUCUUUGCCUUGGCCAUCCUCCUGAGCAGCACCUUCGUGUACAAUAGCAUGGGAACCAUCAACCAGCAGGCCAUGGACCAACUGCACUAUGUGACAGAGCUGUCAAGCCGAAUCAGGGCAAAAUCCUCACCUGAUGUAAACCAGGUCAAGGAUUCAGCUGACUUUGUGAGCUUCUUUCCAGACUUUGUGUGGACUCUGAGAGAUUUCUCCCUGGACUUGGAAGCAAAUGGACAAUCCAUCACAGCAGACGAGUACUUGGAGAAUUCCCUGAAGCUAAAGCCAGACACCAACCAAAAAGAUAAAAAUUUUAACCUGCCCCGACUCUGUGUCCGGAAGUUCUUCCCAAAGAAGAAAUGUUUUACUUUCUAUCUACCGACCGAGUGGACAAAGCUUGCCCAGCUCAAGACAUUGCCGGAUAAGGAGCUAUAUCCUAAAUUUGUGCAACAAGUUGCAGAAUUCUGUUCCUACAUCUUCAGCCAUUCUGAGGUCAAGACUCUUUCAGGAGGCAUCCAGGUUAAUGGAUCUCGUCUGGCGAGCCUGGUACAGACCUUUGUCAAUGCCAUCAGCAGCGGGGAUCUGCCCUGCAUGGAGAGCGCAGUCCUGGCCUUGGCCCAGACAGAGAACUCGGCUGCAGUGCAAAAGGCCAUUGCCCGCUAUGACCAGCAGAUGGGCCGGAAGGUGUGGCUGCCCACGGAAACCCUCCAGGAGCUUCUGGACCUGCACAGGGCCAGUGAGAGAGAAGCCGUCGAGGUCUUCAUGAAGAACUCCUUCAAGGAUGUGGACCAAAAAUUCCAGAAGGAAUUAGGGACCAAGCUAGAAAAAAAGCUGGAUGACUUUUGCAAAGAGAAUAUGCAAGCAUCAUCGAAUCGUUGCUCAGCUUUACUUCAGGAUAUUUUCAGUCCUCUAGAAGAGGAAGUGAAGCAGGGAGUUUAUUCUAAACCUGGGGGGUAUCAUCUCCUCUUUGAGAAGACACAACAGCUGAAGGAGAAGUACCUGCAGCAACCCAGGAAGGGGAUUCAGGCUACAGAGAUUCUGCAGAAAUACUUGAUGUCUAAGGAGUCUGUGAUGGAUGCAAUUCUACAGACAGACCGGACUCUCACAGAAAAGGAAAAGGAUAUUGAAGUGGAACGGGUAAAAGCUGAAUCUGCCCAGGCUUUAGCAGAAAUAUUGCAGGAAUUCCAAGUACAGCAUCAGCAGAUAAUUGAGCAGAAAGAAAAGAGUCAUCAGGAGUUGGUGAAAAAAUUGACUGAGAAGAUGGAGAGGGAAAAGGCCCAGUUGUUGGAAGAGCAAAGGAGGACCCUAGAUCUUAAACUUAAGGAACAGGCCGAACUCCUCAAAGAAGGAUUCCAAGAAAACAUGAGACAAUAUCAAGAUGAGAUACACGAUCUCCAGGAGAAGAUAAACACACAAGAAAAAUGUAUCAUAAGUUAGAAAUCUAAAGAAUAGACCUCUCCUGUCACUCUUAUCAAGGCAUAACUUAAGCAGCUUUAGAAUUUAGAACAAAUAUUAUUACAUUUGAUAAUAAUUAGGUCUUGCAUUUUCAUAACACCAAAAAUUUACAAAGGUAUCCUAUGAUUGAAUUUGUGUUCAUUUCCUAAAGAGAUUUUAAAUUGUGUAACAACUAUGCAUUUCACCUUUAUACCAACAUAGGAGGUGUCAUGAGUUGGUACCAUUCAGGGGAAGUUUAUUCUUCCAAAGGAUCAACAGUUGACAAAUGGAUACUAAUCAAAGUCUUAGGUAAAAGUCUCAAGAUACAGUUGGGCAUCAAUUUGUCCAAGCGUACAAUAGAUUCCAAUGGCAGGAGAAACCAUCCUAGCUUCUUAAUGAAGACAAGGUACAGUUCUCCAUUGGUUGAAGAUUGCAGUCAGGGAGCAAUAAUGUGAUUUCUGGGCAUUGGCAAUACCCAGUCAUCACUGAUGGCUUCCAAAUUAAAGCAAACAACAUUAUAGAGAGAUCUAGAAUCUCUAUAUAAUCUCCACGGGAAAUGAGAGAAACCAUUACUUGGAGUAGGAGUUAGGUCAUGUACAAAUAUACUAAAGAAGGAAACCACCCCUUCUUGCUCCAUUCACCCAGAUUAUGAAUUGUGACAUUUUAGAACUUCAGACAAUUGACACUGGACUAAAUAGAGUAACAUGAUGACAACUACGUAUCGUGCAUUUAUUCCAAUGUAUGUAAAAUUCACUUUAAAUGGUGAUGGAAAAUUUAUUAGAAAAUUGAGCUCUUUUAAUCGUUUAAUUGUUUUUAAUCCUAAAGCUUAUGCUUGUCUUUUCCCAAUUCUUACCAGUCAUAUUUGAAAGCUUGCUGAUUUUCCCAAAAGAGAUUACAGAUUGUUUUUGACAUUUUGACCAGUAAAAUAAUACACUUGCUAUUACUUAGUACAUAUUACCUUUAUCUCAAUUGUCAAAAGUCCUAGGUAAGUGGAUGACAUUUCCUAAAGUGAUUAAUAAUUUUUCCUAGAUGGAAAUGAAAUAUAUUUCAUUAAUUGUAUUCCUGAUUUGUUUUCUAUUUUUAACCAAAAAAAUAAGGUUGUGAUCUUUAUACCAGUGGUCAGCUAUCUUUUCUGAAAAGAGGCAGAUAGUAGAUAUUUAAGAAUAUACAGGCCAUGCAGUCCUUGACUCAACUACUCAACUCUGCCAUUAUAAUGCAAAAGUAGUCAUAGACAAUACAUAAAUGAAUAGGCACGGCUAUAUUCUAAUAAAACUUUAUAUUCAAAGCCGGGUGGUGCCCACAGGCCAUAGUUUGCAGACUUAUGCUUUAUACGAACAUUGUGUAAAGCUCUAUAUACCUGCCUUAUGUUGCUUACAUUUGUAAAGAAUAUGAGUUGGAUUGUAUGUAAGAUCUUGAAAAAAUUAUGCAGUGUCUCACAAUAUUAUAUAAUGAGAGAAAUGCAGGGAAGCAGCUGAUGCCAUUAAAUCCACAUUCAUAACCAUGCUUUUUCUGAUUGAUCUGAGGUCCUUCAUUACCUUGAACAAUUCUAACCCAUCAGAUACAGAAUGCCUCCUUCCACAGUUGAGCAUGGUGCUACUAACCGUAUUUCUUCAUGUGAACUGAAAUUUCAUAGGGGACCAGGUGAGACCACAGCUUAUUAGAUAGAACAUUUAUGUAGAUGUGCCUUAUAUUUUCUUUUCCAAGCUACAUUGCCAUAAAGAAGUAAAUAAAAUACUUUUAUAAUAGUCAAAGAAACCUCACAGUAGAAAAUAAUAACUCUGACUUCAAAACCAAAUAGUGGUUUUGUUAUUAAACGUUUAAAAAUAAGAAAGCUGAAACAGCAAAACUAAGUUACUCCCUAGCUUGAUAGCAUCAGAGUCUAGACCCAAUUCCAAUUCAUCUAACUUCUGGUUUAGUGCUUUUUCUAUAAUAUCUGCAGGCAUAAAAUAGAGCUCUCUCCCAAUGGAGGCAUAUUACUUUCACCAGUGGUCCUCAAUCCCUCUGUGCCUCAAAUAAACUUAUUCAAUAUAAAGAGUCUUUGGCCCCUGCUCUUCCCUAAACUUCCUGAUAUAGUAGGUCUGAGAUGGGUCAUUGGAUGCUACUAUGACAACAAAAGGGCAAUUCAAGCUUGUAGGGUCUGCUGAAGCUCCCACAGGUUAGGGUCUACAUUUGUUGGCCCCUAUGGUAUUCUGUGUCAAGUAUAUCUUCUCUUGUUUAAGUGACAGGUUGUUACUUUUCUUCUGUGGGUUUAGUGAAAGGAUGUAUAAGCUCACUUG